CCUGUGUGUUUGUUCUGCUGCUGGGCCCUCCCUGCAGACACUCCUCUGACUGUACAGCCAUCUGCGACAUUCAUGGCUCUCUGGACUGUGAGUUCCCCCAGAGCAGGGACUGUGCAUAUAGCCGCUCAGUACAUGUCCUCUGAAUGAAUGGCAUCCAGAGGGUGUGAACUUCAGGGCCAGAAGAAAGAACUCAGAUAAAGUCAAGUUCCUUCUUGAGCCCACAGGUCUCUGGAACAUGGAAACCAAGAAGCAGGCUCUGGAGAGUGGAGGUGGAGGUAGGUACUUGGGACCUCAGGUAUCCAUCUGAAGCUCCUCAUCAGAGCUUGGACAGUCUCAAGAAUGAAGAACCACUGGAUCUUCUGCUUCUCCAGUUUAGGAAGAUCAGAGAAUAAAUAAAACUGCUGAUGCUCCAGAAACCUAGGAGGGGUAACCAUGGAGACUUUUUCCUCCUCAAGGCAGGAGGAAAGAGCUCUGCGUUCUCAAGCCUCAGCCCUUUCCCAAGAUGGGGAAGACAAAACCAAGUUUCAGGAGACAGGAUGAAAAAGAACAUUUCGAACCUUCAGGAAAAAGGGUUGAGUUACCUCUCACCAGUGCUCUACUUUGGGCAGAUUUGGAAACGAAGGAUCAGUGAAUUGAGUGUGAGUCAGGAUUAUGUCAUGAAUCUUCAAGGAGAUUGUCCCCAAUAUUUAGAAGGAGAUGUUUCCCUCUGUGAAGAGUGGGCAGGAGUGUCUGAAAAUGGAAGGUAUGUAAUAAAUGCCAUUAAUUUAGAAAAUCAAGACAUCACAGCUUGGAAACGCCUGACACAGGUCCUUACCCCAGAAUCUUGGAAGAAAGCCAACAUAAUGAUUGAGCCUGAGAAUUCUCAGGUAAAGUACAAGAGAAUUCAUGUGGAAGAGAAAUUGGAUGUAUGUGCUCAGUGUGAUGGCAGCUCCUUUCAGACCUCACGUGAUUGUAAUGAUUUCCAAGAAUGUAAAGGAGAGGAACCUUACAGAUGCACCGGCUGUGGGAAACACUUGGUUACGAAGUCAACAGUCAAACACAGUCACGUGGUCUAUGCAGUGUGGCAACCUUUCGGGUGUAAUAACUAUAGAAUGGGUUUCAUAGAUGUCGCAAAUGCUCAUGUUCAUCACAGCGCUCACACAGGAGAAAAAUCUUAUAAAUAUGACCAGUGUGGAAAGGACUUUAGUCAGAGCUCAGGACUUACUGUUCACUAUAACACCCAUUCAGGGGAGAAAACUUGUGAGGGUCAGGAGUGGGCUAAGGGCUGCAAACACUCAGACCUUCCCAGGAAUCAGAAAGGCCCCUUGGGAGACAAAACCUAUAAAGGCAUUGAAUGUGGCAAAGCCAGUUUUCUUCACAACCAUCACCGAGUCCACACGGGGGAGAUGCCCUACACGUGUGACGUAUGUGAGGGGUUCGGAUUCAGGUCGCUUCUGUGUAUCCACCAGGGAGUCCACACAGGGAAAAGGCCUUAUAUAUGCACAGAGUGUGGGAAGGGCUUCAAUCAGAGCUCCAGACUUCUUGUCCAUCAGAGGGUCCACACUGGAGAGAACUACAAAUGCAGCAAGUGCAGCAAAUGCUUCAGCUCCAGCUCCGUCCUCCAAGUCCACUGGAGGCUGCACGUGGGGGAGAAGCCUUAUAGGUGUGGCAAGUGUGGAAAGGGCUUCAGCCAAAGCACACACCUGCACAUUCACCAGAUCCACACGGGGGAGAAACCCUACAAAUGCGACGUGUGCAGGAAGGCUUUCGCCUACAGCUCGUUUCUGCACACUCACUGGAGAGUUCACACGGGAGAAAAGCCUUACACGUGCCAAGUGUGUGGUAAGGGCUUCAGUUACAGCUCCUAUUUUCACUUACAUCAGAGAGAUCACACCCGAGAGAAACCGCAUAAAUGUGAUGAGUGUGGGAAGGGCGUCAUUCGGAACUCCGAUCUUCACGUUCAUCUCAGAGUCCGCACAGGAGAGAGGCCCUGUAAGUGUAAAGAAUGCGGGAAGGGCUUCGGUCAUAACUCUUAUCCUCUUGCCCGUCAGACAGCACAUAGGGAUGAGAUGGACUGUGCAUGUCAUGAGCAUGGCAAGACUCGGGAAAUAUGUAGCUCAGACCUUCUUACUCAGCCAAGACUGCACAAGAGAACAGAAACAUUAUAAAUGUAGUCAGUCUGUGUUCAAUCAGGAAAACAGAAGCCACAGAUGACAGAGGCUUACUCAGCCAUUGGGAGGGCCAGGGGGAGCAAAGGACAGGGACACGACCACCCAUGAUGUCAGCUGGCAGCACGUGGUUCUUAAGGGCACUCCAGGAAACCACUGUGGAUCUCAACACCACUGUGGAUCUCAACACCUUCCUUGAAGCUCUCGUCAACUGCCAUCUGCUGUCAUGGCAAAGAAAGUGAUUCUUUUUUUUUUUUUUUAGGUUUUGAAGCUUUAUUUAUUUAUUAUUUUUUGAAUUUAGAAAGUGAUUCUUGACAAAUGGGUUGUUUGUGGCAAUAGUUACAGGUCAAAUUUCCAUUAAUGGGUAUGCCCAGGAAGGAAAUUCUAGUUGGGAUGAGGAGAGUAAGAACGUCAGUCCAGCCAUAAUCUUUAGGUGAUUUUUUGUUUUUUUUUUGUUUUUGGAGUCUCCUCUAGAAAGAUAGUCUCCGUUAAGAACAUUCAAAAUAAUACUCAAACAUGAGAGCUAUGUUAUUAGUAUGGUAAGAAUUAGGCCAUACUCAGGUUUUCAAAUCCAUUAGAAUUUCCACACAGGAGAAGCUCUGUAGAAGUGAUAUUUUAAGGGUGUGGCAGAGAUAGUGAUACGUAUUCAUAUUUGUACUGGUUCUAUUUCCUGGGCACAUAGGAAGACUCCAUUUCCCAGCAGGCCUUGCAGUUAAGGGUGGGCCCAUGUGACUGAGUUUCAACCAAUGGAGUGUGUGCAAAAGUGAUAUACGUUACUUCCAGGGCUGGCCCUUACAAGCAUCUGGCGAUGUCCUCCAGGCUUCUCUUUCCUGUCGUGGUGAUUUUGGAGGAUGCUUCUUCCAGACGGGAAUGAUGGGGAAGGUGGCUAUCUGUGUUGGACUUUUUUUUUUUUUUU